CUCCAAGAGGUCGUCACAUUGAAGCCAUCAGAGACCAACUGGUGUUCCCCUCAAAGCCAACGAUGAGCAGCAAACCAGCAACCAAAGCCUCAAAGGACAAAGAGCUCCGGGUUCUGCUCCUGGGAAAAACUGGAUCUGGGAAAAGUUCUGUUGGCAACACCAUCCUGGGCCUGGAUUUCAACGACCCAAACCGCUGUAAGACAGGAGCGCAUUUUGAUCUGGUGACAAAACAAUGUGAGCUGAAAACAGGAAAGUACAAAGACUUUGAGGUGAAGGUUCUGGAUACUCCUGGUUUGGGCUUCAAGGAACAAACAGACAAAGAAGUGAAGAAGGAGUUGCUGGAAGGCAUCAAGAAGAUUUCUCCUGGUCCUCAUGUCAUCAUCUGGGUUUCAAAGUUCGCUAAAAAGGAUAAAAAAGACGUGGAAGAAGAUGAAAAAUUGCUGAAAGCUUUCGGAAAAGGCUUCAAGAACGCUCAUGGUCACAUCAUCUUCGUGUACACUGGGGGGGAAGAUAAAAAGGCAGGGGAUGCAAAAGCUGUCAAAGCUGCCAAUACAGUGGUCCAACUUGGCGAUUCUGCAAAGGUCCAAGUCUUCAACAACAAUGCUAAAGAUGCUGCGUUUAGAAAACAACAGGCAGAAAAACUGCUGCAGACGGUCAAAGAGAUGAAGGAGAAGAACAAAGAAAAAGACAAAGAAUACUACAGCAGUGAUCUGUUCAAAAAAGCCAUCGAGACUUUCUUUAAUGAGCUGGAUGGAAAAGAACCACCUGCUAAGAAAAGUUCUCUAGAAAACAUUGUAGAUUUCUUGCUGGAGACCACAUUAAAUGUCGCUGCUGGUAAUUUUGACCUGGAGAGUUUAAUUGAGUCAGUUGAGAAAAAUAAACUGACCUUCAAAUAAAAUAAAAAUCAGAGUAAUUUUGGAUCUCUGGUUCCUUUAUUGCUCUUUUGCAGCUGAAAUGAUCUAAAUCUGUUUAUAUUUUAAUGACACGUGUGUUAUGAGGUGGUGGAUUGUCAGCGACAGGAAUAUAAUGGACGUCACAGCAUUUAUUCUUUAUGUUUUCUGUGUAUUUUCAUCAAUAAAGCUCAGCAUUUCA